GGACUUUUUCAAUUCACUCAGGAAGACCAAUGGCCCGAGUAUUCGGAGUUCAUCAUCACCCACCUUGACAACGCAAGUUAACAAACAACACAUCAAUCGAGCAGUCAGUCUCAUCAAGAAAACAGCAACUGAAAAAUACCUGACAUCAUCGCCACCAUACAUUCAACAAGAGGGGGUUUGACAAAACUACAAACCACCACCCAAAUGGCACCAACCUCUUCUACCACGGGCCUCAUCCUCCCCCGUGAUGCCUGCCAGUCCCGCUACGGCUGCGGCACCAUCCACUCCGACAAGCUCCCGCUUCUCAUCACCGUGGCCGUCGUCGUCGCCAUCAUCAUAGUCACCAUCUAUUGGUGCAGCUUCCGGUCAUUGAGGGCUCAGAAACGAAAGCGGAGAAUCAAGAACACAGAAUUGCCUUCAAGCACUGCACCUCAUGCAGUCCGGGAGGUACCCACACCGACGACAUUGGGAGCGGGGCCAACGGGUGCGGGUACAGGUGCGGGUGGAAGUGGAGCCACCGAAACCGGGGCAGUAGCGGCGGCAACGGCGACGGCGGGAGAGGCAGGAGAGACAGGAGGAACGACAUGGCAGGUUCCGACAAGCGGGCUUAAUCCUCUAGUACCGCCGCCAAUGUACGAGGAGACGCCGCUGCCACCGCCUACUUAUCAGAGGGAUGCCCAGGCGCCGAGGUAUGCGUGAUGGAUGAUCAUGGGCUUAUAAUUUCUGUGCCUUCGGGGUGCCAACGGCAGUAUAGAAGGGCUUGAUUCAAUCGGGGGUAGUAAUGGUGAUGAUGAUGCAUGUCCUACAGUUUGUGGACCUGGUGGGAGUUAAUGUUUGGACGAUUCAAUGUUUCGAUGUAAUAAUCAGUAUACACUACAGUUAGUAGACAGAUACCCCAAGAGAUACCCCUUGAUGCCUCUACAC